AGAGAGUGAGAGAGAGAGAGAGCAACCACCACACACACACUGAGACACAAACACACACACUGUGACUCGUCUUCUCUCUCUGUGUGAUGGCAAGCCAAGCUCGCAAAGGCGGAGUCUCCCUCCCGGAGCGGCGGAACCCUAAGAAGGACGACGGCGGCGACGGCGUCAUCGCCAGGAUCUCCCAGUCCCAAAUCCUCGCUCGCGGCAAGCAAGUCACCUCCGACGCCGGCUACGUCGCCAAGAAGCUGCUGAGGAGCACCGGCAAGGCCGCCUGGAUCUUCGGCACCACCUUCCUCAUCCUCGUCGUCCCUCUCAUCAUCGAGAUGGACCGCGAGCAGCAGCUCACCGAGCUCGAGUUCCAGCAGGCCAACAUCCUCGGCACCUCCGCCGGCUCCGCUCCUCCGGCCAAGUGAAAUCGGACCGGGUCGGGCCGGGUCCGAGCAAUCCGGUACCUUACCGUUUCAUUUUCUGUAUCCCUAGGGUUUGAAAUUGGUACACCUGUUGGGGAUUUUGUAUGAUGCUUUGCUUAAUUUGCUAGUUUUAGUGAUGAGAUUCUGUGCUUGAUCGCAAUAAUCUUUACUUAAGCAGUAGUUUUAGGGUUUUAUUAGCGCCGGCCGAUGGGUUUGUAUUAGUCAUAUGUGGGAUGUAAUCAGUUUUGGAGCUGAAUUUUCUUUUGAGGUUUAUCUAGGGUUCAAUAAUGAUAGUGUUAUUUGGAAA